GUAAGCGUUUCCCGAGGGUUACAGUGCAAUAUAUUCAACGAGAACGUUUGUAAUGGUAGAUCAGCCAACAAUUUUACUAUAAAGAAUAAACUUGGUUCUGGGUCGUUUGGCGAUGUAUUCCGGGUGAGUCACAACCUAAUUGACCGUGAUUACGCCAUCAAGAUAAUUAAAGUGAAAAAGCAGGAUGAUAUUAAAAAAUAUAUGCGCGAGCUAAACGUAUGGUCAAAAUUGCAAUCGCACCAUGUUGUCCAAUACAUUGUGCACUGGCUGGAACGAUCGGGUGCCGAUCUUUCGCUGACCAUGUACAUUUUGAUGGAUUUAUGCGUGGACAACUUGCGCAAUUUGAUCACGAUGAAAACUAAAAAAUACCCGCGUAAACACUUUUUCAACAUUGACCAAUGGGAUUAUUUGAUAUCGUACUAUUUGUUUCUGGAAACGGCCGAGUGCGUUCAUUAUUUGCACACUCACCAACCGACGAUCAUUCACCGAGAUCUCAAACCAAGUAAUAUACUAUUCACGUUUACUCAUGGUAUAUUGUGCUUAAAAAUUGGCGAUUUUGGGCUGGCAACUUUACAUAAUAAUGACAUACAUUCCCAUACACUUAGUGUUGGCACCACUAAAUAUAUAGCGCCCGAAGUUUACCGCCUGUCCCGCUAUACCACUGCUGUAGAUAUCUAUAGUUUGGGUGUUAUUUGUGAAGAGAUAUUUAAUUUUGAUUCAUUAGGUGAUGAAUUAUUGGAAGAUAUGUGUUUUAAGUUGAAACAUUUUAUCUUGCAACUUACCACAACAAUGCCAUCCGACAGGCCUAACAUCAGAGAAACUUUGGAUAUGUUUAAUGAAUUGGCCAUUGAUAGUAGUUUUGCGUUAAAAGAACUUGAUCCAGAUCAAUUAAAACAUGCGCUAAAAGGGAUACAAUUAUGGGCGCAGUUAGACCCCGAUUAUUGCGUUCAAUACCGGUACCAUUGGUUUGAAAAUGGUGAAAAAUUAAAGGAGCACAAAAAUAAACAUGUUAAACUGUUAUACGUUCAAAUGGAUUUGUGUUGGUUCUCAUUAAGAACGCUCAUGGACAAAAUUCAAGCAUACUUCAACCAUGCUAAAUACCAAUUAUUACCACCCGUGGGUUACUACAUGGCAUCAGAAUUAUUUACCGAGAUACUAUCUGCCAUUCAAUAUUUACAUUCAUUAAACAUUGUUCAUCGAUAUAUUAAUUCUGACAAUCUACUUGUUAAACACGAAUCAUGCAGCGGACGAUUUAUUAAGCUAGGUGAUUUUGGUCUCGAAAGUGCUAGGUCCUUACCCGGCGACUACCCAUCGAAAUUACAGUCUAUCAACGGUGAUAGUGACCGAUAUGUAUCACCGGAAGUAAAAAACGGCAGUAUUUGUGAUACCAAAGCCGAUGUCUAUAGCGUUGGUGUGAUUGCCCAACAAUUGUUCAACUUUGAUGUCAAUAAAAUCGGGAAAUUGGAAAACAAACACAAAGAAUACUAUGGUACUAUAGAAGAUAUUGUGACCAAGUGCACUAACGGACUUAUUGCCAAUCGGCCAUCAUGUAAGGAUAUACUCGAGUGCCGGAGCAAAUGGGCACCGGUAUAUGAAAGUGUUAGAGUGGACAUCACCAUGAUGGGCAUUGAUUCAAGCGCUAAUUACAAUCACGACAGCCAUUUUGUUGAAUAUUUUUUGGCCGUUAAACGCAAUGCUAACGAUUGCGAUGAAAAAUCCGCAAACGAUGCAAAAAACAAAAUGGAUCUCGAGUUGGAUUUUUCAGUGUUUCAAAAUGGUAAAUUCAAACGAGACUUUAGACCCGAUAAUAUCCUGACUACACCGGGUAGAUAUGGUGACAUUUUGAACACCAUUGCCAAUCGGGAUACUAUGCGUUAUGCUGUCAAAAAAUCAGAGAGGAAACAAUUGCUUAACCCAUUGGGAUAUUAUAUGGCAUCUGAGAUAAUGGUGGAAAUUGUAACCGCGGUGAAAAUAUUACACACUGGCAAACCGCCAAUAAUACACCGUGAUAUAAACUUGAACAAUGUUUUAAUAUUCCCACAUAACAAACAGCCUGGUAAGUAUGUAAAAUUGUCGGAUUUUGGCCUGGCCGUUUACCACGAUCCCCAGGCUAUGUCACAUACACAGAAUAAAGGCACUGAACGUUAUAUGGCACCGGAGGUUAGGGGUGGGCGCAGGCGAUUAAAUCCAGAUGACAUGUAUAAAACAAUUGAACACGUGAUCGGCAAUUGCUUAAAAGGCACGGCUAACGAGAGACCUACUUGUGAACAGAUAUUGGCAAUUAGCGAUCAAUGGGCCACUAGUUUCACCGAUGUCAGACACCUGAUCACCGGGUUGUCCAUUAAAUUAAAAAUAUAUUUAGCGGUUAAUAAUACUGCACAGAGUCAGGCUUUCCACUUAUCAAAUAAUUUUAUUGUGCAAAAUGAUUUGGGUAGUGGUGGGUUUGGUUCAGUAGUUAAAGCUCGUCACAAACUCAUUGGCAAAAGUUACGCGGUAUGGGCAAGGUUACAGUCUGAGUACGUGGUGCAAUAUCGUACACAUUGGCUACAAAAUGGCACCUAUUCCGAUGAGAUUAGGCAUGGUGUUUUUAAAGAUAUACCAUGCCAAAUGUUAUAUAUACAAAUGGACCUUUGCUCGUAUAGCUUAUCUAAAUUUAUCAAGGCAAAAGCAAAUUAUAUUAAGCCAGUGAAAUGUUCGUUUGAGAAUUACGCGAUCAACCAUUAUAUAUUUACCGAGAUUAUGGUGGGCGUAAAAUAUCUGCAUGAUAAUAAUAUUAUGCACCGAGAUCUAAAGCCGGAUAAUAUACUUAUAGUUAAUGGUGAUAGAUUGCAGAUUAAAAUUGCCGAUUUUGGCCUGGCUACUUAUCAUAGAGCUGGUCAGUUUGAUAUGACACACACGACAAGGUUAGGCACUCGGCGAUACAUAGCGCCAGAAGUGUGUGAAGAUUAUAAUCGUUAUAAUACCAAAGCUGAUAUUUAUGGCACCGGGAUCAUUUUAGACGACCUAUUUGAUUUUGCCUCAUUACCAGGAUACGCACUGGAGCCCAACCAUGGUGAAAUGAAAAAGUUUGUUUUAACACUAACGGGUUUAUAUCCAGACAGCAGACCUAACGCGGAUCAGGCCAUUCAAACUCUAAGCACAUUAAAAUUGAAUAAUUUUAAUCUUGAUAUUAAAGCAAAUAUAACUGCAAUUGAGCAUGCUGGCAAAAUUAAAUACACUAAUGAUUCUGGCGAUUCCGACAUUAAUAUGACCGAGUUGAGUUCAUACUUAAACAGUUUGCAGCAAAAUAGUGAGCGCGGUACUUUUCUUAAUGAGUUUGAUUGGGGACAUCAAUUAAGCACGAAUCGUGAUGAUUGUAUGGCCAAAUUAAAAGAAAUACGCAUUUGGGCCAAAUUGGACACGGAUCAUUUUGUUCAGUACAGGCAUCAUUGGUUUGAUUAUAAAGCCAACAUGUAUACGCUUAACAUACAAAUGGAUCUAUGUUGGUUCAAUCUGGUUGGCGCUAUAAGACGAGUGCAUGACUAUGUCACUGGUGUGCCUGGUCAGUCCACACAACGAGCUUGCUACUUUGUAAUCACCGAGCUUGUGCAAGAAAUAUUUAAAGCCCUACAAACAUUGCACGACCAAACACCCGUCAUAUUGCACCGUAAUAUUAAGCCUGAGAAUAUAUUAAUUAAGCAUGGUGCCAGUGGCCACAUGGUCAAAUUGGCCGAUUUUGGCAAGGCUACUCAACACCUUAGUGAUUCACAAACGCACACUAUGGGUACCGGCAGUAGCAGGUUUACCAGUAGUAUCAGGCACAAAUAUAUGGCUUGGGAGGUUAAAGCCGGACGACAGUACGGGGUAAAAGCCGAUGUUUAUAGCAUGGGUGUUGUGCUUGAGGAUAUUUUUGCUGUAGAUCGAAACAGAGAGGCUGCCGGCAAAAAGGAGCUCGAUAGAUGA